AUGCGAUGGCGGAGAGCUGUCAGCAUCGUCAAAAACCCCCGCCGGCGGUUCCGGUGCGUCGCCGAUCUCGCCAAGCGCGCUGAGGCCGAACGCAGGAAGCGAAGCAUCCAGGUCCCUCUUUCUUCUCCCCCUUUUUCUAUUGAACUCCGGAUUCUCUCCCUCUCUUCGUUUCUGCCCAAUUUUUUUUUUGGGCUUUGA